CCCUGUCCUGAUCAUCAGUGUCACCAUCACUGCCGCUGCCCGUGAACGUUUUUUCCGCGGAGUUUGAAUGAAAUGUGACGACUUCCGAGUAUUUUUCUGUCUUUUUUUCUUUGUUUGUUUGUUUGUUUGUUUCUGUCUGGAUAAUUGACACGAGGCUGCGAGAGAUGUCAACAGCAGCUGAGUGUGUGUUUGGAGUGUAAAUGGACGACCUGUGUGCCGUGGUCCCCUGCGGCUCUGGAGAGUCAUUCCUGCGUUUUAGCGCGAGCAUCCCCGAGGAGUUUUGUGUGUCAUCGGGACCUUGAGGCACACCCACGCACACACACAUGAUGUUCAGCCACCCCCUCUCACUUUAGACCUGGCAGACCUCUAAUCUCUAAAAGAUUGAUGAGGUCCUGUUCAGGCGCAGGAGGCCUGGCACAGCCUUGAUAAGGCAGCUUUCAUUUCAGCACAUUUUAUCCCUCACUCCGCGCUCGCUGCUUUCAACACUACGAGGAGGGACCAUGACGCGCCAAGGCCUCCAGGCAAGAAGGACAGUCUCUUAAGAAACAGAAACCAUGAGAUGUUUUGGAAGUGACAGCUGUGUUUUCUUCUGUCACUCGGCCUCAGCCGCGCGGUCGCUGAGCAGGAUGCCAGCACCGGCAUGUCACUGUCAAACCUGUGGAGCUGGAGCAUAAUGAGGCUACAGAGAGACGCUCAGAGCUGAGAGCAGCUGAACACACAAAACACACCUGCACACACACAGUCGCACACUUGGAGUGUCCCACGCAGGAACAUGUGCAACAUCUCGUUCUGUAAUGUGGACAGUAAGGUGGACCAGUUCUUCCAGCCCACGCUCUACAUCAUAGUCAUCGUUCUGGGGCUGCCCACUAACUGCAUGGCCCUGUGGGCUGCCUACAUGCAGGUGCGCCAACGCAAUGAGCUCGGCAUCUACCUGAUCAACUUGUCGGUGGCUGACCUCCUCUACAUCACCACUCUUCCUCUGUGGAUCGACUACUUCCUGCAGCACGACGACUGGAUCCACGGUCAGGAGAGCUGCAAGCUGUUUGGCUUCAUCUUCUACACGAACAUCUACGUCAGCAUCGCCUUCCUCUGCUGUAUAUCGCUCGACAGAUACCUGGCCGUGGCGUACCCCUUACGCUUCACCAAGGUCAGACGAAUCAAAACGGCCAUCUUGGUCAGCACCGUGGUGUGGCUCAUUGAGAUCAUCGCCAACUCUGCUCCUCUCUUCCACGAUGAGCUCUUCCAGGAUCGCUUCAACCACACCUUCUGCUUUGAGAAGUAUCCCAUGCAGGACUGGGUGGCAGGGAUGAACCUCUACCGGACAUUUCUCGGCUUCCUUGCUCCCUGGACAGCCAUGCUGGUCGCCUACCGUGGAAUCCUAGCGGCAGUGCGCUGCAAUGUCUCAACUGAGCGUCGCGAAAAGGCCAAAAUUCAGCGGCUGGCUUUGAGUUUGAUCCUAAUUGUUUUGUUCUGCUUUGGACCGUACCACGUCCUCCUCCUCGUACGGAGUGUCAUGUUUCUAAACAAGCCGUGUGACUGUGGCUCUGAGGAGAGUUUGUUUGCGGCGUACCACGUGUCAUUGGCAAUGACCAGCCUCAACUGUGUCGCCGACCCCAUCUUGUACUGUUUCGUCAACGAGGGGGCACGGAACGACGUCGGCCGAGCCCUCUCGGCGCUGCUGCCCGUGGCCUGUCAGAAGGGCUCCUCUUCGCCUUCGCACGCUGACAUGCUGAACGCUGGUUCGGUCACCAUGGAAACGCCUCUUUCGACAAAGAGGCAGCCUUGUGUGUACGUCGAUGGUGGCAAGACAAGCAGCUACAAGACCGAGCUGGUGGCUCUGAAGGAGGAGUGUCUACAGAUGACCAUUCUCAGUGUGAGGAAGUGACUUCCACGCUGGAACCAGCAGCAGCACGUCCUAACACAUCGGAUGCUUUUGUUCUGACUAAAAUCAGAUGCAUUGACCAAGGCCAGUACUGUGCAAAGGUCUUAGGCCACCAUUAGAUCUGUCCGUGCUAUAAUGACCGUACAACAAAUAUUUGCUGUGAAAAAUAUCUAUUACACCAGGUUUAAUCAAGACAUGCUUGAUCAUUACAUACAAAUGUUGUGUGAGUUAAUGUCAUUCACAGCGUGAUAAUAUAUAAAGUCCAACUUUCAGUCACAUCAUUCCAAUCCAAAUGCCAAUGAUCACAGAAUUUGACAGACAUGAAAACAACAGAGAGGCUGGUGUAUGGCGCUAUGCAUAAGCAUUGCAAUUGGAUAUCUUUACCACUAGAGGAGCAAAAAGGUGUGCAGGUGUCACCUACGGACAAUCGGAGGGUUUUUAUCCCGGAUUGAUUUGCCGCUGAUUUGGUUUAAAUUCUGUCAUACUGAGCAACUCGUGCCAUAUUGUGCACGACUGGUCUGUGUGCUCAUGUUAUCGUGUCAACAUACUACUCUAUGUCAUCAUUAAUUCCAGAGUAGCUGACGAGAAAUAAGACUCACACAGUGUCAGACUCAAAGAGGGUUUUCAUCGGGUGGUGAUGUUAACACGAAAGGUUACACCAAAGUCCUUAGGAUUCAGGAUUCUGUGGCCACGUUUUUUAAACCACUCCAUUUAGAUGCUGAACUCGUGUUGUGCUGGAGUAGCAGAGCGACUAAUGAGCUGAUAAUCCCACUGAUAGUCAACACACUUGGAUAUUUGGACUAUUUAUUGCCAUGCCAGGAGCCAUUUAGGCCACAUGGAUAUUUAAAUGGAGUUAUUUAAACAGACGCCCUCUGUGUGGGUGAGUGUGAAGACACCUUUGGAUUCAGACAUUUUGGACAACAUGCAAAGUGCAGGUUACAGAGGCUUGAAACCCCAAAAGUGCCACUUUGAAAUAUGAAAGUAAAGUCGAGGGGAAGUGAAAAAAUAAAUAAAAGUACGUCGCUGGUCCAAAACAUUUUUAUUGCUUGUUGAAAAUGUCUUUACCAUUUUGUUAAUUUUUAAAGGAAACAGUGAAGCCGUAUGAAGUACCUCAGCUUAUAAACUGUGACAGAAAGAAAGCUAAUACUGCAAGUGUGUUUCUUUUUUUUAUUGUGAGCCAUGUUUUUUUGUCUUUCUUAUUAUGACGGAAAAUAAAAAAAAUAAUCAAUCUGAACUCUGACAAUUUGAACAGUCCUGCUUGAUUCAGUCAACACUGCUGUUGGCUGCUAAGUAAUAUCAUAUAAGAAAAGCAGUAGCUUUGGCAGUAUUCAAAGUAACAUCUGUUGUUUUGAGCCCUUCCCAUCCCGAGAGCCUCGUAUACCUCGGCUCUGUCACGUCCCUCGACAUGGCCUGACAGACUUACAAGGUCUUGUUCCAUGUCUGAAAGAGACGCAGCGGGCUUUCACUUGACCCCAAUGUAAACCUGGAGAAUUGAAAUGCUCAGAGCAGAGAUGCAGUAAAAUACGAUUCAGAAUAUGAGAUUAAGGUUAGGGCCUAGACAAGGAAUGAGGUUAGGGUUAGGAUGAAUAUUAAGGUUACUGUCGUGACCUAUAUUAAAUCAUAAAUUAUUAGAUAUAGAUGAUGCUUUUGGAAUGUGAAUUGCCCGUUUGUUUUUAACAAAAACAAAUCAAAUCAAAGCAAGAAUGUCCCACUGUUUGUGUGUCAGGUUAUCUCGUUCUUUAUGUGAAUAUAAAUAAGAAAUUGCCAUAGCCUGCCAUGGGACUGGGGAACUAUAUGAAUAAAACGAAUAAAAGAUUGAGAAACAAAUCACAUGCUGUGUUUAUUUUACAAUGUGUGUCACUACACUAUUAUGAAUUUCCCUUCCAAGGUGACAGCCAACAAAAGCAACCAAAGAGCAAUUAAGGUUAAGUGUGAGAUUUAGUGGCAUCUCCAGGUGAAGUUGCAAGCAACUGGUCUUUCUAAACCUGUAGGAGAGAGCAUCAUGGAAGGCUUCUGUCAAAACUUGUUGGUGCAACAUGGCAGACUUUGUGCCAAAGGGCUCACACACUCGAGACAUAAUCACUCCUACGAAGGCAAAGAAAACCAGACCAUUUUGAUUUUUGAUUUACAAUGAAUUGUGAAUAAAAAAAAUUCCAUAUGCUGAUAGAUGUCCCUAAAUUCUAUGCACUGGACCUUUUAGCAGCUUUUACAAGUGAAUAUACAGCACGGCUCAGACAUCUACAGGCCAAAACAGCAAUUUAAAGAUGACAGAUUGUCUUUUUCACAUUCAGAGCGUCUUUUUCACAGUUCCACCUGCCAACUGUUUCAUUUGAAAGAUGGAAAAUGUUUUAUUUGUGUUGUCUUGGCAUGAAAGCGUUACUGUGUUGAGGUACUGCUGCUCCAUGCUGUUGUUGUGCACCUGUGUGUCCGUCUCUGAGAGGAGGAGCCAGGCUUCAUCAUGUGUA